UUUACUCGGAUGUAUUUACUUGUUAUAGGAAAUAGAAAAUUUUUAAAUACUUUUGAGAAUAAUUUAUUAGUUUUUUCUGUAGAUUAAUAUUUGUAAACUUCGAAAUUAUCAAACUGAAAUUUAAUUAGAUUAAGACAAAUUUACUUAAAGUCAAUUAAGUAAUGUAAAAUGCAGUUUUGUGACUUAUCGACGGAAUUGAAGAUUUCGUGUGUGAAAUAUACAUAAACAGCUGAGUGAAAAGUACAUGUUUUUGCGGUAAUUCGGCCACUGCCACUGCAAUUUUCAUCUGUAAUGCAGAAAAGCAAAGAAGUGUCUUCAUUAUAUGCAAAAAAAUUAGAAUCACCUACAUCAUUGACAGAAUUUGCUCCACUCAGUUCUGAAGUAAAACCUCAAGGAUCACAGUUUUCUUUGUCAAAUUUAUUUAGAAGAAAUAAAGGUACUAAAGAUAAUUGCAGUCAAGAAUGUAAUGUAAAUCUACAAAGAGAAGUCUGUCAAGAACAAAUAUUGGAAUCUGGAUCAGUACCUAAAGUUGUUAUAAAUCCAAUUGAAGAGUUACCACUUGAAAGUUCAGAGAUAACCUGUACUGAGUUAGAUAAUAAACAUGAAAUAUUGUCUUCAAUUAAUAAUCAAGAAAAUCAAGGGAGAGAUAGAGAGAUCCUGUACCACAGAAGUAUGACAAAUGUCUUAAAACGAAUUUCUAAUAUUUUAGAUAGGAAAAAUACGACAUUACAGGACUAUAAGGAUAGUGAUUUUAAACAAUAUUGGAUGCCUGAUAGUAACUGUAAGGAAUGUUAUGAAUGUGGUGAUAAAUUUACCACAUUUCGUCGACGCCACCAUUGUCGAAUAUGUGGUCAAAUUUUCUGUAGAACGUGUUGUAAUCAAGGUAUUCCUGGAAGAAUUUUAGGCUAUACAGGUGAUCUGCGUGUAUGUACUUAUUGUUGCAAAGUUGUUCUUUCGUACAUUAAGUCAUUAGAUGCAGGAUCUGACAUAGCCAAUGAUGUGAAAGCUCUUAAAGAUGAUUUACAACAGAAGUUAAAUCAAUUAGAAGAAAAUUCUGCAUUAACUACACCUUUUGAUAAUAUUAUUUGGAGUAGUUCUAUGAGGAGAAAAAGUUCUAUGGGCUUUAGGGAAGAAGAUCUUGCAAAAGCAAAGACAGGAAGUGACUUUUCAUCUGCAGCAGACAUAGCAACUCUAGGAACAUUAUCUCCAGAUAGAAGAAAACUAUCACAUGAUAAUGUUACUCUAACUGAUCUUUGGUCUCAAAUAAAACAUCCAGUUCAUGGUGUCGAAUUUCAAAAUCACAGGCACAGAUUACGUACUUAUACAAAUUGUCUUGUUGGAAGUGAAUUAAUUGAUUGGCUUAUUGCACAGAGGAAGUCAUCUUCAAGAGCUCAAGCAGUUUUAAUUGGACAAGCUCUAAUUGAUAUGAAAAUUUUGGAAUGUGUAACGUCUCAAGACCAAAUUUUUAUAGAUGGUUAUUCUCUUUAUAAACCAACAGAAGUAAGUAAUUUAAUAAAUAUANUAUUACCUUAA